CAUGCGCUCGCCGGUCAUGUUGUAAUCUUGGAUCUAAUGGGAACGCCGAGCGAUCGAGGAGGAAAGCAAAUCAAAACAAGUGCUGAUGUGACUCUCUUCUUCACCGUCUCGUGUAACGCGUGGUUUCUUACCGUCGCGCUUUUUUCGUCAAGCACGCUUGCUCUCUAGUCGACCCUCGGUUGCCGUGAGAUCCAGAUUUCAGCAUCCCCCAACUUCAAAAUCGAAGAAUUUACAGCUCCCGUCUGCUUUUGUGUCAUCAGGAUGCAAGUGGAUUCAAAUCCUAAUCAGAUGUCUGGAGGCGAGCAACUUGAUAUGGAUACAGCAGCAGAAGAUUCAUCAGUGCCUGAAAACGAGUUGCCUGAUAUUAUUGUUGCAGACAAGGAUAAUCUGGCCAAGGAGAACACUCUGUCCUUGGGUGAGGAUCACGAUCAGCUAUGGCAAAUGGUUGCUGAACUCAAACUAGAAAAUGAUUUUCUCAAGUCCCAAUUUAAGGGGUUGAAGAAUCAAGUAGAAGAACACCGCUCUCAUCCUGAAGCAAUGGAAGGUCAAGCUGAGAGAGGAGACUCAGCUCAAGUGAAACAACUUCUUGAAAGGGUUGCAUCAUUGGAUAAACACCUCGAUGAAGAAAAACAAACAAGACUAGCGGCUGAGCAAGCCUUGGAGCAUCUAAGGGAAGCAUACUCUGAGGCCGAUGCUAAAGCCCAAGACUAUGCUGCCAAGUUUUCUCAAGUCCAACAGACACUGGAUCGGGAGAUAAAAGAGCGUGAAGAGAAAUAUGCAGAACUUGACGCCAAAUUCAACAGGCUUCAUAAAAGGGCUAAACAGCGCAUUCAAGAAAUUCAAAAGGAAAAAGAUGAUCUUGAGGCUCGCUUCCGGGAAGUAAACGAAACAGCUGAACGAGCAUCAUCCCAACAGUCAUCCAUGCAGCAAGAUCUGGAGCGCACAAGGCAACAGGCCAAUGAAGCCCUGAAAGCCAUGGAUGCAGAGAGGCAACAAUUAAGAAGUGCAAAUAACAAGCUCAGGGACACUAUCGAGGAACUGCGCCGCUCAUUGCAGCCUAAAGAAAAUACUAUAGAGGCACUGCAGCAGUCACUCCUUGACAAGGACCAGAUGCUGGAAGACCUAAAAGAGCAAUUGCAAGCUGCAGAGGAGAGAAGGCAAACUGCAUUGGCUGACUUGUCUGCUAAGCAUAAGAAGAACACUGAGAGUUUGGAAGCACAAAUUUCAGAUGCCCUAGAUGAGAGGGAUAAAGCAGCUGAAACCGUUUCGGCUUUGCAGGUGCUUCUUGCAGAGAAGGAAUCUAAGAUUGCUGAGAUGGAGGCAGCUACGACUGGUGAAGCAGCACGACUAAGAGCUGCUGCAGAAACUCUUAAAGGGGAGCUCGCCGACUUUAAACAGGAGCAUGAGAAAGAAAAGGAGACUUGGGAAGCUGCAUGUUAUGCCCUAAAAACCAAACUGGAGACUGCUGAGAGCAAUUGCAUGCAUGCUGAAAUAGAAAUGGCUAAAAUGAGAAGUCAGCUGGAAUCUGAAAUGUCUAUUCAAAUACAGAGUCUGACUGCGAAAGAUGCUGAGCUAAGAGUUGCGAGAGAAGAGAUCAACCAUCUCCAAAACGAGUUUUCUUCUUACAAGAUCCGUGCUCAUGCCCUUCUCCAAAAGAAGGAUACAGAGCUAGCUGCUGCUAGAGACUCAGAACAGAUCAAAGCUCUUGAGGAAGCUCUGAAGGAAGCUGAAAGGGAAAUAUCUUUGGUAUCAGCAGAGAGGGAUAGGGCUCGACAAGAUCUUCAGAAUGCUUUGGCUGAGCGUGAGAAAGAACUUGAGAAGAGAACUGCAGCACUUAAAGAUGCCAGGGACCAGAUAAAAAGUAUUGAAUUAAAGUUUGAUUCAGCUAUUGCUCGCCAUCAAGCAGAGAAACGAGCCUGGGAAGAGGACCUUCAAGUUUUGGAAGAAACAUGGCGGCGAAGAUGUGAGGUUUUAACUGCUCAAAAUGAAGCUUCUUCUGUGGAAGAUCUAAAGAAGGAAUUAGGAGAUGUCAAACUUUCAAAUAAACGAUUGAAGGAGGAGCAUGACUCGUUACGUGAGCUUGCGGAUAGACACAUUGAGGAGAAGGAUCAAGAGAUCUCAAGACUUGUGAAUGAGAACAAGAAACUUCAAAGAUCUCUAGAGCAGAGACCACUAGUUCAGCAAUAUGAUAACCACCACACAGUGUCACAACAGCAGGAUGCGAUGAACUUGAGUGCUUCUGCCGCAGAACAACAGAUCCUGCUUUUGGCAAGACAACAAGCUCAGCGAGAGGAAGAGCUGGCACAGACACAGAGACAUAUUUUAGCUCUUCAAGAGGAAAUCGAGGAGCUUGAGCGCGAAAAUCGUCUCCACAGUCAACAGGAAGCAAUGCUAAAGGCGGAGCUCCGGGAGAUGGAAAGAAAACAGAAGAGAGAAGGUGUGGACAUGACGUACCUUAAGAAUGUUAUUCUAAAGCUUCUGGAGACAGGUGAAGUGGAGGCAUUACUACCAGUUGUGGGAAUGUUGCUCCAGUUCAGCCCCGAGGAGAUGCAGAAAUGCCAACAAGCCUACCACAGCUCCAUGGACGUGAGUCCAGCUUCUGCUAAUGAUGGUUCUGGCCUCUCUCUUUUGUCAAGAUUCUCCUUCUCGUAAGCUGGAUGGAUUGGAGAGCUACAACAUACAUGUAACACUCAAAAUAUAUGAUUUAUUUAUUGUAAGAGCGCUUUGACCUGUCUUUUUAAUCUCCUUGUCAUGAUCGGUUUCUACAUUGAAGUUUAAGUGCAGUGAAUAAAGUCAAGGGUGAAAUGAUCUA